CAUUUUUGAAUUCCCAGAAUGACAAAAUCGGAUUCAGCCAUUCUGUCGCACUAUAUAUUGUUUUAGAUCAUAAUUUUUUUUCUCGUUACGUUAGAGCUUAUUAUUUCUUCGUGUUUUAAAAAGUACAGUUAUAUUUUUAAUAUUGAGUUUUGCCCCCAAAACAGACGUGCUCAAGAAAACCCUUGAAAGUAAGAAACUAUUACUAUAAAGUAAGAAACUAUUACUAUUAAGUAAGAAACUAUUACUAUAAAGUAAGAAACUAUUACUAUAAAGUAAGAAACCAUUACUAUAAAGUAAGAAACUAUUACUAUAAAGUAAGAAAUUAUUACUAUAUAGUAAGAAACUAUUGACAUUAGUUUUUCCGCUUGAUAAAUCUUUAUUGUAUUAAAUACUGGAAUAACUGUAAAUAUUUUAUGAAGGAUUUUAACUUGCCGGAUAUAUUUAUGUUUGCGCGAUGGUGAGAAAUGAAUAAUUUGUUCACUAACAAUUAUGAUGAAAACUUAUUGCUUGAGCUACGUCCACGAAGUCAACAGGAAUAAAAAUCCCUUCCAUGCCCUGGGGAGCGGGGGAAUUAGAGCCCUAUUCUGUACUAAAAGUGUACAUUAGGAAACGGGAAAGCCUGCAACAGGAAGGCUGGACGCUUGCACCUUCGAGAAAUAGAGACAAUACUGUUCAGUUUCUCGUACCCGAGUUUCCGAUGUGAACAAUCAUGUGAUAUAUCAUGUGAUAUUUUCUUUCAUUUAAAAAUUUACACUCUUCCUAAGAUUUGGAUUAGUAUAUUUCUAUUUCUUUGUGCAACAUUUUUAUUUAGUUUUUCCAAAGAGAAGUUCUGCAUAUUUUUAAGGUUAUUUAUAAAACAUGUUUUUGAUUGAUCUUCUUAUUCGUGUAGAGAUACAAUUUCCAAUAUUGUUGCCUUUUCUAAAAAAUAUGUAUGUUAUUUGUUAUAUUUAUUAUACUCAUGUUUUUACAUGACAGUGAGACUGUGAUCAGUGUUUCUUUUAGAAAUUUUCCACCGAGGGGGCAUUUCAGAUUUUCGGGGUGGGGGUGGGGGUGGGGGGCUAUGCCAGUUGCAAAGGCGUAUCUAAGGGGGGACAGCUGGGACAUACUCCCGGGGCGCCAGGCUUGUGGGGGGGGGGCGCAAAUGGGCUUUGGUGGAAUUAAUUGGUUGAAAAUAAUCGAGAGGGGGCAUUUCAGAUUUUCGGGGUGGGGGUGGGGGGCUAUGCCAGUGGCAAAGGCGUAUCUAAGGGGGGACAGCUGGGACAUACUCCCGGGGCGCCAGGCUUGUGGGGGGGGGGCACAAAUGGGCUUUGGUGGAAUUAAUUGGUUGAAAAUAAUCGGUUUCAGAGUUGGAGGGGGACGUAAAAAUGAAUCUUGCCCCCUGACGCCAACCACUGUAGAUAUGACCUUGCUAGUGACUUCGAAAUAGGGCGGAUGGAGUGGUCCACCCAGGUGUCACUUUUUCUUUAUAGGCUGGUGUGGCAUUUUUUGGACAACUGCUGGGUUUGAAUAGUGAUAGAGAGGACGGCAAAAAUAUUUGGCCGCUCAUAGCAGCCUUAAUAGUAGUAGUAGCUACGCCACUAGACAGUAGAUCUAUCGAUACCAAUUCGGCGAUCAUUUUUAUCUAGCAUUAGGGUGACAAUUGAUGGCGCCGAUGAAUCUUGAUCGGUGGAGGGGUUUUGGGGAGCUUGCGCCCCAGAAAAUGUUUGAUUAUUUUUAAAUCCAGAGGAUUAUUUUGAGUAUACUUGAAUUGGAUGUUUUUAUUCUACCUUUUGAACAGGGAAGAACAUUGUUAAGGUUUCUGGGAGGCAUUAUUUAGCCUAGUGCCAUUUAUAAACUGAAUUCACUCCGUUUAUGGUACGCCCCAAGGUAAUCAUUAGGGAAAGGCUUAUAAUCAACCCCAUAGUGUACCAUCGAAAAGCAUGAGUGAAGGGGUCCAUAAUUAAGGGUGUUAAAGACACUCGUACAAACUCAAAAUGUAGGGGCAUUAUUUUGCGCAUACUUGAAUUUGUUGUCCUUUCAUACAAUUUUGAGGUGGCAUUUCAAAUGUUCGAGUGGGAAAUGACAAAAUUAACCAUAAUAAUUACCAAAGACAUCUUAAACUCCUCACCAGUGGGACGUAAACUACAUUCACUCUAGUUAUGUCACCCUUGAGUGUACGAUUUUGCCCUAAAUUAUUCUCGCCCUUUAAAUCAAUAUAAUCCUCAGAAAAUUAUUGAUAAAUUUAAAAGACAAAAAUGCAUUAUUCACAUAUCUGAAUUUAGUUUUGAAACAUUCCACAUUUAAUUGGAGAGCAAUGAAACAUAUCCUAUUUAAAAAUAUAGGUGCCACUUAACCUUAGAACCAUCGUGUGCACCCAGUAACCUCUACGACUGAAGGGUGCCUCGGAUAUUUUAGGGGGCUUAAAGAUGUGAUGAGGAUAUUUUCUUAAUUAUCAUCUUUCCAUGCAGGGUUGUCAAAACGGAAAUAGCGUGACCUCUGACCUGCUUAUGUUAGGCGAAAACAAAAACAAAAUUAAAAUAUUUUAUUUAACUAAAAAUAGUAAUGUGGCUUUUUAAAUUUACAUUAUUAAUUAAUGAAUGAAUUUUCAAAAAACAAAAUUCAAUUAAAAAUGGUUCAAUGACUAAAAAGCACUGCAAACAUUAUUUUAUAUGAUGAAUGCAAAUGGAAAAAAACAAACUUACAUAUAAUUAUAAUGCUUAGACUAACUUUUCUAAAUAUGUCCUAGUUUUACCAGAGUCAAAAAAAAAAAAAAAAAAAAAUGUCCUAGUUUUACCAGAGUCAAAAAAAAACAAAAAAAAAAAAAAAAACAGGUUUAUUAGAAAGGUAUAUAUAUUAGUAUGGGUUUUGAAAACUGGUCAUUUUUAUAAAUUGCAUAUGAGUGGCAUAACUAUUUUAAGAAGACAUGAGUUGUUUACAGAAGACAUUAUAUUUAGUAAUGUGUGAUUUUAUCUAAGGGAAAUUCGUAUGCAAAUAAAGUAGCCUAUAAAUUUUCAAAUAUUCGGUAGAUUGACAUUUUAUUUGGAAUUUCAAACUACUAUAACCUUCUUAAAAUGCCUCUUCGCUAUAAUUUAAGACAUUUUUAUCUAAAUCCACAAAAUCUAUUUUAAAUUGUCGAAUUAGGAAUAAGAAUUUUUUUAAACACGUACAAAAAUAAAAUGAAUUUGCAUGAUAAUCGAAAUGCUAGUUUACAAAAAAAGAAAUUCUUCGCUUUCUACUAGAUUCUCAUCUAAAUCAAAAUUAAUAAUCUAAUAAAAUGAGUGCAAUGCCAAAGGAUGGAGCACUUUGUUAUUCCGACAUUAAAAAGAGAAAAGCAGUUGGGAAAUUAAUAAUAAUAAAUAUAGGCUAACGGCUAAGUAUUAAAAAACAAAUCUGUUAUUCAGGAAACUUUGUAAAAAGGGUAGCACAUUUAAAGAAAACAAAAAUACUUUUGAUUUAAUAGUAAUUUAUGAAACGGGCAAUAUUUUUUUGCGCCCUUUAAAUUCUAAGUUAGAAAAAAAGCAUAACGCCUAAUUUUUAGUCAUGCUUUUACGAUGAACAAUAAUUUGAAAACAGAUAGCACAUGUUAAAUACUAGACUAACUAUUAUUAAAAUUGUAUACCUUUAUAGGUAUAUAAAUGUAUUUUGAUAUAGUGUCAUUAAAGUCUUUAAACUUGUGGUGUUGCAAAAAAUAAAUCCAUAGAAAUAGCGACAUAUGCGAACAACAGGAAGUGAGACUGGAGCGAUUUUUAUUACCGAAUACUAUAACUUGAUUAGUCUUAAAAAUAUACGGAUCAUCAAAUAUAUCGAGCCUUGCGAUAUUUCAUAGAUUCCACUAAUUGUAAUGAGUUAAAGGCACCAGUUACUAUGCAAUUGUCACUUUUAAUAUAAAAAAUAUUUUUGUUAUAUUAUUGUACACAUUGUGCUCCGGCCCGGAAAGGGGGGGGGGGCAGGCAGUGCCCUCCCGGAAAGAUACCUAAAAGAAACACUAAUUGCUAACAAUAACCAUAUUUUUGAAAGCAUGAUGCCAUCAUUAGUAACUAACACCAUUCCCUAGUUUUAUUCAAGCUUUUAUAUGUAAAAUAUAAUUUGAAAACAUGAAAAGAUUGCUCACGUUUGAUACUUAGUGAGAACUCUAUUAAAUUAUAGACCUUAAAAUUGAAGCCAAUGUAGUUUAAUACAGUGAGUUUGCAAAAAUAAUUAAACAAAAAAUACAUAUAAAUACGAACGGGAAGUAAUACUCCAAAUCAUAAUCGGGCCAAAUUUUCUAAAUAUUGCGAUAUUUAUAAUCGAAUAACGUAAGCUUCUAAGAAAAUUAGCUUAGCUACACGGAUCAUUCAAUAUAUCGAGCGUAGUGAUAUUUCAUAGAUUCCCCUAAGUGUAAUCGGUUGAUGACACCAGCUACUUUUUUAAACAUUGUUUUUAAAAAAUGACAAUUUGGUAAUUUUUAAAUAAAAUAUACUUUGUUUUAUUGUUGUAUAUAUUUUUGCUCGGGGGGCACUUGACAUUCCCCGGGGGGUCACUGCCCCCCCCCCUUCCGGAGAUAUAGCUGAAAGAAACCCUGACUGUGAUGAAAUGUAAUGAUUUGAAGUGCCAUAUAUUAUUUUCCCCAGAUGGAGACAGUGUUCUUUGCCUGGUGCAGCUGACUUUGCAGAGGAAACAUUAAUUCAACUCAAGUAUUGUCAAAAAGAAUAAUGGAUACAAGUUUAAUAGCUCUGGAUGUAAGUUGGAACAUUGUAUUUCAGCUCAUUAGACCAGUGAUCCCCAAACACCGGGCCGCGGACCGGUACCGGUCCGUGGAUCAAAUGGGAUCGGGCCGCCCAAGAAACAUUAAAUUAUUUCCAUUUUAUAAGCUUGCCAGAUUUUCUAAAUGAUAAGUACGGAUGUACGGACACAGAGGCUCACAGCAACUGGAACAAUACAGGCGGUUGGGGUGGGGGUGGUGUUGUUGUGCUUGAUUUUUUUUUGUGGGUGGGGGGGGGGGGACACUCCCCCAAAACUGGUACAUCCAAGUAGCUUUUAGCCCAUAUCCAUAAAAAAACAUCAAACAAUUUAAUGGCUAAUUGUGACGCCACGGGAUAAAUAUAUUUUUUUUAAAAAUUGAGUCGCCUGUUUAUACAGCUGACAGUUUGGCCAGCCCAGUGGUCCCCAUAUUAUGCUUCGCUCUGGGUGCCAUGUUGCCCGCAGGCAGAGCCAUGAGAAUAGGGCAAAGAGGGCAGUCACAGCGGGCACCAAAUUCUUCUUUAUAUGGUAUCUUAAUAGUGAAUUAAAAUAUCAAUGGCGGAAUACCCUGAGAUUGCCACCACAGCACUUAAAUCCCUAUUGCCAUUUCCGACAUCCUAUCUGUGUGAAGCGGGGUUUUCUGCAGUUACAGCAACCAACCCAAAACAACGGAAUAAAGUGGAAAUAAUCAACACACUUCGGGAGUCAUUGUCUCCUAUUACCCCAAGAUGGAACCAUCUCGUUGCAGAAAAAUAAGCUCAUGAUUCUCAUUAAUUUAGCGAUAAAGUUAGUUAAAAUGAUAAAACAGUUUAUAUUCUUUUUUGAUGUAAUUGUAUUUUAUUUUGAAGCCAUGCUACAAUUAAAUAAAAAUUACCAAUCCAAACAAUCCAAAACAUAAACAAUCAACACCCCCAACCCCUCGGCGGGCCGCGGUAAAAUUAUCAAACGUUGACCGGUUCGCAGCGAUAAAAGGUUUGGGGACCACUGCACUUGACUAUACUAAUUAUUAUUUAAGUUUAUAAACUUGCUGGUAUUUAUGCCUUAGCUAAAAAGUAAAAUCGCCUUAUAAAGUUGCGUAGCUAGGUGUAGUCCAGCACUAGCGAUACAAUGUAUUGUGUGUUUGUAGUGCGAAGAUAUAUUUAGUAGGUUUGAAAUAACUGAAGUCCAUGACUUUUAAAUUUGAAUACGGAAUUUUAAAAAGGGUUCUUUAAAAUUUAAGUCCGUUUAAACCAUCUGGUUAUGUUUCGUACUAUCUCGAUCCCACUUAGGGCAUUUUAUCACAUUGUUCAAUCUCUGGACAGCGCAACAGUCAGACAGAUAAAAGCGUUACAGACAGGUAAAAGCGUUACAGACAGACAGGUGAAAGCGUUACAGACAGACAAGUAAAAGUGUUACAGACAGACAGGUGAAAGCGCUACAGACAGACAGGCGAAAGCGUUAUAGACAAGUAAAAGUGUUACAGACAGACAGGUAAAAGCGUUACAGACAGACAGGGAAAAGCGUUACAGACAGACAAGUAAAAGUGUUACAGACAGGUAAAGCGUUACAGACAGACAGGUAAAAGCGUUACAGACAGACAGGUAAAAGUGUUACAGACAGACAAGUAAAGGCGUUACAGACAGACAGGUAAAAGCGUUACAGACAGACAGGCGAAAGCGUUACAGACAGACAGGUUAAAGCGUUACAGACAGACAGGUAAAAGCGUUACAGACAGACAAAGUAAGAGCGUUACAGACAGACAGUUCAAUAUGAUGGUUCUUGUAUCAAGUGUUUACCAAAAUGAGCAUUGCGGUACCAAUGAGAGUCACGGUUUCCUCGGCGAGGUGCUGCAUAAUAUCACAACAGUUUCAUAAUGUUACUUUCAAUUCAGUGGGAUAUGAUGCAGCAUCUAGGGGACCUGGAGCAAACAAGUAAAUCUGUUAGUUGUAAUUUUUUUUUUUUUUGGCAGAAGCCCCUACAAACGAUUACUAUGGUAAAUGGAUAUUUCGAAGUGUUCUUUUUAGAAUGUGACAUAGGGGACCUUUAGAAAACCUGCAUUCAUCAAUGUGAUAUACGGCUCCUUAAGAAAACCUACAUUCAGCAAUGUGACAUAGACCAUAUUUCGAAAACCUUCAUUCAGCAAUGUGACAUGGGGCACCUCCUGAAAACCCGUAUGCAACAGCGGGAAAUAGGACACCUAUAGAAAACCCGUAAAGACGCCUAAAAGCGAUGAGAAAAAUGUAAACAACUUGGCCACACGACAAAUAACAAUAACCAUUAAAAAUUUUUUGCUGUCAAAAAUCAAUGUCAUCAUUUUAUUUUAGUUUCAUAGUGAUGGCAAAUACAAUGGUCAUAAUACAAUUAUACCCAAGAAAAAUAUUCAUUAUAAACGCGUGUCUUUGCUCAGAAACAAGGAAUGAGACCAUUAAAGUGUAGCUGGCCUUUUCAUUUUAUUUUACAGAACAUUCCUACCUCGUACAGCGAGGAGCUGAUGACCGAAUAUGUAGAAAAUACUUUAGGAGUUGACGUCCAGUCUGCUAAGAUUAUAGGAGGAUUGGCUCUGUUUUCGUUGGAGCAAGACAUAGACGGUAGGCCUACAGCUCAGCGAUGUGGCAGUGUCAAAAAUCUUUAACGAUCUUGUAAAAAAAAAAACCGUUAAAGGUUUUGUCAGAUGGUCCCCGUUGUUGAAUAAUGGUGUAAACUAUUUAGAGAUAAUUGUGUAGAAAAAAAACUGCUUGCCAUUCUUAACGUAGAACAUGAAGAUGGUGCUCUCAAAACAGGUGUUGUUCGCUCAUAUUCGGUGGCAAAGACGACAUUUAUAUAACUACUAUAAUGCAGUUUGAAGUGUUUUUCUUUUUUAAAUCCUUUAUAUCAACUUUGCUUUCGUUCGUGUGUUUGUUGAAGGCAAAAUCUUCGGACUGCUAAUUGACCUACUUCCCGUUAUCCUAUCGAGCUGAAACUUGGUACAUAGACUUGCUGCCGAUAACAAUUUAUUCUUUUUUAAAUUUGCAGCCUGACCCCUAAAGACCAGUUGUAACGCUACCAGAUGCCACUGAUUUUACGAAAUAAAUUAGAAUAUUUUUUCUUUUUAAAAUAUCGUAAGAGAGAAACGUAAAAUUUUCUUUUGUUUUACGGAAAUAGUUUGUUUAUUUUUAAUAAAUCUCCUUGGGACACUAGCAUAAAAUAUUUCAGGGCAUGAAAAAAUAUGCAGUUGUGAGCCAUGGGGGAGACCACUAAAUGAGAUUCUUAUAAAGUGAGAUAGGCCUACGUGAAUGCAUGUUUUGUCAAAUUUUCAGCCCUACCACCCAUUGCUUGAAUUUACAUCUUAUAAAGGAUCUAUAUGGAAAAUAAAUUGUUUUAAGAUGUUUUUUAAUCACCUUUCUCGCUUACUAUUUAAAGUUUAAGGAAGUGAAAAAUCAUAAACAACAUGCUUUUUUUAUAUAUUUGCCGUGAUCUUCAUACCCUACAGAGAUGAUUUUUUGUUACAUUACAGAUACUGAUUUAAAUAUUAAAUGUUAAGCGCAGUUAUUAAUCAGUCUAAUUAUAAUCUUAUCUCUUUUAGUAUGUUUUCAUCUAAGAUUUCUAUCAGUUUUAUUGUCGCAUAUACAGUCAACAUUAUUUUGCGUUUAAAAUGAAGUAAAUUAAAAUGUGAAGUGCUUAUUUAACCUACACUGCAUAAUCUAUAAAUAGGCUAUUCAUAAAGACUCCCAUUUAUUAAUUACACAUUCUAAAGUCUUAUCUAGUUUUGCUAAGUUUUUGUCUUUCUCAAAUCUACCAUGAAUGCCUGGUGAAAUAGAACACUGAAACACAACACGCUAAUAAUUUAUAUUUCAGAUUUCAAGGCAGCCAAAAAAAAGGUGAAAAAAGCAUCACUCGAAGGUCGAACCAUUCACCUGUUGCAAAUUGUAAACACUGAUCCAAACGCUGUUGUGAUUUAUGCUAACAAACCUGACCUUCUAGACAAAACUUCUAUGAAAACGUACAUUGUGCGACAAUUUAAAACCAGAAAAGACUUCAUAUCAGAAUACAGAGUCUGGCAGAAAUAUGAACUGGGAAUCAUUCAUUUCAAGCCUGGAUAUGAGAAAUGUAAUGAUUAGUCAGUACAUUGCUUUAGUAACUUAAUUUCUUGUUUUUUUCCUUUAUUUUAUCAAACCCAUACAUUAAAUUGUUCUUUGUUGGCGAUAUACCAUUGUAGAAAGUAUACAGCUAGUAUUCACAUUUGUGUAAACAUUAUAGUUUUGUUGAAAAAUGAAUUAGCUUCUUCAUUUUUUUUUAUACUUUCCUAUUUUAUCCGACAGCUUUAACUUAACUGAAAUCACUUCAGCUGUUUUUGUAUAGACUAAGAUUUAAAAUCCAUGUUAAUUGGGACACUGGUUUCCCAUUUAUGUGUUUGAGGGUUUUUUUUUACUACAGUUCUGCCUUAUCCAACAUUCCAAUAAAAUCUAUCCGAAGUUGCUUAAUGAGCCAUUCCAAUCAGCUAUUCACGCAAAGCUAGGGACGACAACAGGAUGCAUUUGAACUCGCAGGCAACGUUACCAUGGUAUGGAGAGCCAAACAAAAUGAAUUGAGUUUCUUAUUAUUGCAAAUACAAGUUUAUCAAAUGGAAAAUCCGCGCACAACAAUGUAAUUAUUUUAGAAAAAAAAUCAAUUUUUAGAACGAUGGAACUUGGUGGCUUACUUUUACAGAAUAAAAAAAAAUACGAAUUUAACGUUACAUUCUAUUUAAUGAAAGAAUUUAGAAAGAGAAUUAAAUCGAUUAGUUCAGUGAAGAACUGAUUAAUUCUGGGAUUUUUUAAAAUAUUUCUUUUUUUUUUUUUUUUUUUUUUUUUUUGGGGUGUCUGGGUGGUGAGAUGAUUGCAAUAAGUAAAAUAUUUAAGUAUUUAUAUUUAAGCAAUCCCACAUUUCGAAAUACUAUCUUGGAAGAUUAAUCACCUCCUCUUCGAUUAGGUACUAGAUCCUCGCAUCGAUUAAUUACAUUUUAUUAUCAAAUUAACAUAUAAAAUUAACAAACAACUUUUUAUUUCUAUUAAGUAAAAACAACAUAAUAAUACUAAUAAGUAUAAUCUUUGUCAGUGCAGAUUUACAUUUAACUUACACAAACUUAAAUAUUUUGUCUUGAACUGUUGUGACAAUUUUCGUCUAUUCGGAUUAUGGAUUAACUUUUUUAUUUAAAAAAUAAAACAAUUAAACAUGGAUAUUUAUCUUUUUAAAAAUUAUUUCUGUAUAUUUAGAAAGUUAGAUUUUUCCAUUUAAUUAGUAGAAAACGUCACAUUUAUGAUUUAAAAAAAAAAAAAAAAAAAAAAAAAAAAAAAUUAUUAUUAAUCAACUCAUUGUUAUAGUGUGUUAAUGAGAAUGCAAAUCUUUUUGUGUAUAAAAUGACAUAAAUAUUUUUUUUCAGUGGUCAGAAAAUUAAAAGAAAAACACAACCCAGUGCGUGGUGCUACAGUCAUUGUUCAACCCUAUUACUACAACUUCCACGAUUUGGUGGAAAAGCGAUUACCCUCCGAUGAAGGUGUUCAAUUAAAAAUGCCUUCACGCGAAAAAAACGCAUCUGAGUUUAAAGAAGAGGACUCUAGUGAGAGUGACUCGGGAUCAGAUGACAGUAGGGAAAACAGAAGUCAUAGAACACGUGAAGUUGAACAAGAAUCGGAUGAGGAUAGUGAAGACCAGUGUGAAAGAGAAAGUGACAGUGAACAAGGAUCGGAUGAGAGUGCCAGCAGCGAAGAUCAGAGAAGUAAAAAUACUGCCCGGCAUAAAGGCAAUUUUUCAGAUGUAACGGGAAGUGAUGGAAAUAACUCAUAUACAGAGUCUGAGGAUGACAGCGAUGAGAAAAACAAGGGCAAACAAGAUGGCAAAGUUAGUAUAUGGAGGGGCAAAAAGAAACCAGAUGGCGAUGACAUCACAGGUGACCAAGGUAAAUUAGUUAAAGAGCAACACGGAAAUAAUUACAAACAGGCAAAUUCUAAAGAUGAAUCAUUGGACACACCUUUUAAGAGAAAUGAAGUUGAUUCUAUAUGUUCUGAAACAAAAAGCUUCCCAGCGGAAAAUAAAGAACUGGCAAUAAAUGAAGCCCAAUAUCUGCUUUUGAAGAAACACUUUGGUACAUUCGAUAACUGUAAAGUUGAAUUCAUAAAAUCUGACAAAAAGGCGGUCUUUAAAGGUGGUAAAAAUGAAAUUGAUGACCGCUAUUUUAAUAUGUUUUUAGAAUAUAAAGACAUCGACAAAAAGCAAAUGAAUUUACUGGGAUGUUUGCCUCAGUUACUCACAGAAGAUAAGGGCAAAGCUUUUUUAAAAGGUCUUAGUGAAAUGGAAAGUGUAGCAUAUUGCGUUGAUAAUGAUCAGCUGCUACUCGCUUCAAAAAAUUUUAACUCAUUGAACAAGGCCGCCAAAAAGCUUAGGGAAGUUUUAAAUUAUAAAAAUACGCUCAAACUAACCACUGGAAAGAUACCAGAUGGUGAAUUGAAUAAUUUGAAGACAAAUUUAGAGAAAGAAUUAUUAGUUAAAGUGUCAUGGAGCGUUAACCAGGAUGAGAUAUUUGUUGAAGGGGUCAAAGACGAUGUACUUCUAUCAGAAAAGGACAUAAGUGGAUUAGUUGAAAAAUUUAGCGAAGAUACUAAAACGUUCGUUAUAAGCAGUAAUGCUGCCAAUUAUUUACUUAGGCACCCAUCAAAUAAAAUUAAAGUAAUAUUUCAAAACGUCAAAGACUGGAAGUUUAAUGAGGGCGAUGAAAAUGAUCCAAUGACCUACACAUUUUGUGGCCAACGUAGCGCAGUUAAGGAAGCAGAGUGCUCGCUGCAGUCACUUGUUGAUAACAUUGUGACUCGGAAAAUAGAUUUACAAAAGGAAUGCUCCAGUCUCUCAGAUAUUAAGCUCAUAAUGCUAGGACUUGGAACUGAAGAAAUGAAAAGCAAACUUGAGAAAUUUGAAAAACGAGAAAGAUGUUUUCUCAAAAUUCAGCUGCCAGACGAGACUGGUUUUAAAGAAAAGUAUGAAAUCUCUCAAAGUAAACCUGAUAUUUUUACUGUGGAAGGAUCAUGCAGAAUUCAACUAAAAAAAGGAGAUAUCAUAACUGAAACAUCUGACGUGCUUGUCUGUGUCUUUGAUAAAUCUUUCAAUUUAAAGAAGACGCAGGUGGGAAAGGCUUUUUCUAACGCAUGUCCUCAGCUAAAUGAGCAAUUUCAAACACUCCAGAAUGGAAACCCUUCGUCUCUUGUUCACGUCGUAAAUGGACCCUUUCCGCCCCCUUUGUUGACUUGUAAGGCUGUAUUUGGCGUAGUUUUAAGUGUUUGGGAUGAAUCUUAUUCCCCAGGUUUAUUACAAAAUAUAAUAACCAAUGUACUGGAUGAGGCCGUGGCAAUGGGAGCCAAGUCUGUCUCACUUCCUACUUUGGGCCAUGGGAGAAUGUUCAAAUUUCCAUCAACAAGUAUCUCUCAGAUAAUGAUGAACACUCUGCAUUCAUAUCUAAUAUCAAACCAAGCGCCGAGUGAUGUCAUUAUUAUGACCACUGACCAAGAAAUGCUUGACACACUUAAAUUGGUUGCACACCAGAGCCCGAUGGAUUAUUUGUCAAACUCUGGUGAUAUUAUUUCCAACAGUGACGAUGAGAGCACUUACGAGACAGAUGAGAAAGUUCUACAAGAUUUGUUGACAACCGGUGACAUAGAAAUUUCUGUGACCAUGGCCAAAUUAGAUGAACCCCAAAAAACACUUGAAAAAUUGACUGACCUUAUCAGAAGAAGUUGUUUGCAUAGUGUGCAGUUUGAACACACGAUGUUGUCAUUCUUGGCACAAAAGAUUGAAAAAAAGACUCGGUAUCAGUUUAUACAUAUUCAGAAAUUUGCAGUGGCAGAAACUGGUAAAAUAAAAAUGAUAUUUAAAGGGUUUGAGAAACAUGUUCAAGAAAUAGAAAAGUUCAUCACAAACGAGUUGAGUAAAAUUCAAGCUGCUAUGAAAAAUAAAAUUCUGGCAUCAGGCGAUUCCCCGACUCGGGGCACUGUCGAUUUUUUGAUGUAUGCAUCAAACGUAACAGAGAUCUGCCCAUCUUAUUGGGGAUUUUGUAAAAAACCAAAUUAUUUUUGGCGCCUUCUAGGAACAGUUCUUCGGUAUGCAUUACCAAGUAAAGAAAAAAAGCACGAGAUAACUGUAGCUGUGGACAAGACAACAAGAAAGGCGAUUGUUGAUCUAUUUGAAAAAACUUGGGAUGCAACAAAUACAGGCAUCGGAAAUGAUGCCAAAGGCUUGUCAAGGAAUACAAGCUGCGAGGUGUUGAAUGUUGAGAGGAUUGAGAACCCUGCUCUUUUUGAGCUCUAUGCACAGACACGAAAAAAUUUAUUUGAGAAAUAUUGUAGGUUAGGGACGCUGUGUGAUGAUUUCAGUCGAACUUUACCAAGGGGACAGAUCAAAACCACUGAGAUACUUCCAAGCUCUUUAAGAGAGCAACUGUAUCAUGAAGUCAAUGAACAUUAUUUAUUUCAUGGCACAAAAAAAGCCCUAACUGAUGCUUUGUGUCAACAUGGCCCUGACCCUAAACUCUGCACACACGCAAUGCUUGGUGCUGGUCUGUACUUCGCAGAAGCAUCAAUGAAGUCUGAUCAGUAUGCAGGUAACCAUUUCAAUUUAAAAAUGUGAAUCGUUUUUUUAUUGCUUUGAAAAUAGGGAAAUAAACCUUUCUACGGCCACUUACCGAAAUAUUGGAAUAAUUCAUAAUAAGUACUACUGGUUACUAAAUGCAUCUAAGGACGUAUAAAGUUUAAAAAAGUGGAUCUCUAUGUUGUUUUAUCGUUAUCACAGAUGAAAGGGACAACCGGACCCCUUCGGGAGAGGAACUGAAAAUCUUUCUGAUGCGAGUGUUGCUUGGAAACACCUACAUCAUCACUAGGGAUCACCAAAGAUUUAAGAAAGGUGCAAAAAUUAAACAUUAAAAUAAUUCAUUAUUUUUAAUUCUUCAGUUUUAAAAAAUAACUUAGUUUAAUCAAUUAUUUGUAACACAAUCCCUACUGCACGGGGUUAGAUAGUAGCAGCAUCCGAUACUUGAUAUUUUCAUUUCUUCUUUAAAAUCUAUAAGGACUAUGUAUUGGAGCAGGUUAACUAAUUGUUGUAUGUAACACACUAAGUGUAUAGUAUUAAUUGAGGGAUGUAGGAAAGUUAAGUAAUCCAGUUAUGUUCCUUUGUGUAGUCCUGUCAUUUUUUUUAGAACCUUGAUACCUUGAAAUUAUCGAGGGCAUCGACUUUAAUUUACCAAAACACUAAAUUUUGGUGCCUUCCGCCACCUGCCUCCAUUAAAUGUAUAUCUAACUCAAAAUUCAAAAUAUCAAAAAAUAAUAACGUUGAAAUAAAAUAUCAAUUCUUCUGUUUUAUAUUUAAUGUUGUUAACGCCCAUUUACCAGUAUUUAUUUUUGUUAAAGUUUUCAAAUUCAUUUCAGUGAAUGGUAUCUCAUCAUUGUAGUGUUAGUUAUGUGAAUGGUAUCUCAUCAUAGUAGUGUUAGUUAUGUGAAUGGCAUCUCUCAUUGUAGUGUUAGUUAUGUGAAUAGUAUCUCUCAUUGUAGUGUUAGUUAUGUGAAUGGUAUCUCAUCAUAGUAGUGUUAGUUAUGUGAAUGGCAUCUCUCAUUGUAGUGUUAGUUAUGUGAAUAGUAUCUCUAAUUGUAGUGUUAGUUAUGUGAAUGGUAUCUCAUCAUAGUAGUGUUAGUUAUGUGAAUGGCAUCUCUAAUUGUAGUGUUAGUUAUGUGAAUGGUAUCUCUCAUUGUAGUGUUAGUUAUGUGAAUGGUAUCUCAUAAUUGUAGUGUUAGUUAUGUGAAUGGUAUCUCUCAUUGUAGUGUUAGUUAUGUGAAUGGUAUCUCAUCAUUGUAGUGUUAGUUAUGUGAAUGGCAUCUCUCAUUGUAGUGUUAGUUAUGUGAAUGGUAUCUCUCAUUGUAGUGUUAGUUAUGUGAAUGGUAUCUAAUAAUUGUAGAGUUAGUUAUGUGAAUGGUAUCUCAUCAUUGUAGUGUUAAUUAUGUGAAUGGUAUCUCAUAAGUGUAGUGUUAGUUAUGUGAAUAGUAUAUUAUCAUUGUAGUGUUAGUUAUGUGAAUAGUAUAUUAUCAUUGUAGUGUUAGUUAUGUGAAUGGUAUCUCAUAAUUGUAGUGUUAGUUAUGUGAAUAGUAUCUCAUCAUUUUAGUGUUAAUUAUGUGAAUGGUAUCUCUCAUUGUAGUGUUAGUUAUGUGAAUGGUAUCUCAUCAUUGUAGUGUUAGUUAUGUGAAUGGUAUCUCAUCAUUGUAGUGUUAGUUAUAUGAAUGGUAUCUCAUCAUUGUAGUGUUAAUUAUGUGAAUGGUAUCUCAUAAGUGUAGUGUUAGUUAUGUGAAUAGUAUAUUAUCAUUGUAGUGUUAGUUAUGUGAAUAGUAUAUUAUCAUUGUAGUGUUAGUUAUGUGAAUGGUAUCUCAUCAUUAUAGUGUUAAUUAUGUGAAUGGUAUCUCAUCAUUGUAGUGUUGGUUAUGUGAAUGGUAUCUCAUCAUUGUAGUGUUAGUUAUGUGAAUGGUAUCUCAUCAUUAUAGUGUUAGUUAUGUGAAUGGUAUCUCAUCAUUGUUGUGUUAGUUAUGUGAAUGGUAUCUCAUCAUUGUAGUGUUAGUUUAGUUAAUGGUAUCUCAUAAUUUUAGCGUUAGUUAUGUGAAUGGUAUCUCACUAUUGUAGUGUUAGUUAUGUGAAUGGUAUCUCAUUAUUGUAGUGUUAGUUAUGUGAAUGGUAUCUCAUUAUUGUAGUGUUAGUUAUGUGAAUGGUAUCUCAUUAUUGUAGUGCUAGUUAUGUGAAUGGUAUCUCAUUAUUGUAGUGUUAGUUAUGUGAAUGGUAUCUCAUCAUUAUAGUUUAAGUUUAGUGAAUGGUAUUGCUUCAUUGUAGUUUUAGUUAUGUGGAUGGUAUCUCAUCAUUGUAGUUUUAGUUAUGUGAAUGGUAUCUCUUCAUUGUAGAGUUAGUUAUGUGAAUGGUAUCUCAUUAUUGUAGUGUUGGUUAUGUGAAUGGUAUCUCAUAAUUGUAGUGUUAUUUAUGUGAAUGGUAUCUCAUAAUUGUAGUGUAAGUUUAGUGAAGUGUAUCUCAUCAUUGUAAUGUUAGUUAUUUGAAUGGUAUCUCAUUAUUGUAGUGUUAGUUACGUGAAUGGUAUCUCAUCAUUGUAGUGUUAGUUUAGUGAAUGGUAUCUCAUCAUUGUAGUGUUAAUUUAGUGAAUGGUAUCUCAUAAUUGUAGUGUUAUUUAUGUGAAUGGUAUCUCAUCAUUGUAGUGUUAGUUAUGUGAAUGGUAUUUCUCAUUUUAGUGUUAGUUUAGUGAACGAUAUCUCAUCAUUGUAGUGUUAGUUAUGUGAAUGGUAUCUCAUCAUUAUAGUUUAAGUUUAGUGAAUGGUAUUGCUUCAUUGUAGUUUUAGUUAUGUGGAUGGUAUCUCAUCAUUGUAGUUUUAGUUAUGUGAAUGGUAUCUCAUUAUUGUAGUGUUAGUUAUGUGAAUGGUAUCUCAUCAUUGUAGUGUUAGUUUAGUGAAUGGUAUCUCAUCAUUGUAGUGUUAAUUUAGUGAAUGGUAUCUCAUCAUUGUAGUGUUAGUUAUGUGAAUGGUAUCUCAUUAUUGUAGUGUUAGUUAUGUGAAUGGUAUCUCAUUAUUGUAGUGCUAGUUAUGUGAAUGGUAUCUCAUUAUUGUAGUGUUAGUUAUGUGAAUGGUAUUUUUCAUUGUAGUGUUAGUUUAGUGAACGAUAUCUCAUCAUUGUAGUGUUAGUUAUGUGAAUGGUAUCUCAUCAUUAUAGUUUAAGUUUAGUGAAUGGUAUUGCUUCAUUGUAGUUUUAGUUAUGUGGAUGGUAUCUCAUCAUUGUAGUUUUAGUUAUGUGAAUGGUAUCUCUUCAUUGUAGAGUUAGUUAUGUGAAUGGUAUCUCAUUAUUGUAGUGUUGGUUAUGUGAAUGGUAUCUCAUAAUUGUAGUGUUAUUUAUGUGAAUGGUAUCUCAUAAUUGUAGUGUAAGUUUAGUGAAGUGUAUCUCAUCAUUGUAAUGUUAGUUAUUUGAAUGGUAUCUCAUUAUUGUAGUGUUAGUUACGUGAAUGGUAUCUCAUCAUUGUAGUGUUAGUUUAGUGAAUGGUAUCUCAUCAUUGUAGUGUUAAUUUAGUGAAUGGUAUCUCAUAAUUGUAGUGUUAUUUAUGUGAAUGGUAUCUCAUCAUUGUAGUGUUAGUUAUGUGAAGUGUAUUUCUCAUUUUAGUGUUAGUUUAGUGAACGAUAUCUCAUCAUUGUAGUGUUGGUUAUGUGAAUAGUAUCUCAUAAUUGUAAUGUUAGUUUAUUGAAUGGUAUCUCAUCAUUGCAGUGUUAGUUUAGUGAAUGUUAUCUCAUUGUUGUUGAAUAUCUCUUGACUGUGAUCCUACACGAUUAAAGUUAUCAAGAAGUAAACAAACUGCUGAUAUUUCCCUUUUGGCCUCAAAAGCAUUUAUGGACAAAUACGUUCUUUAUUGUUUUAAAGACUUGCUCUCUACCCCGAUUUCCAUCUUGUUGUCGUAAUUUUGUGUGUACACUUGAUAAUGAGCUGUAAGUUGGCAUCUGAGUUGUGUCAACAGCGCGUCUGCUUCGUUCAGUGACGACGUGAGAAGGAAAAAUGAUGUAUGUAGGAGGAAUUACAAGAUGGCAGUAUGAUAUUGGAGAUUUUAAAAAAAAAUAAUUUCUAGAUAAUAUUAAAAAUAAAAAAUAUGAAAAGAAGCAGUUGAACAAAAUGAUAAUGAAAACCUUUAAAAAAAUACUUUUUAUCAAAGACGAGUUUAAAUCUCUAAAAAGUAAAGGAUAAUUUAAAAUUUCUUAAAAUGCAUUUGCAAAGUCUCUGCAGAAAAUAUUUCCCAAAAUUAAAAAACAAAUACAUAUUUAAGAUACAUAAAGUAAAUGAUUCAAAUUGAAUAUUACUUUUUCACGUGUUUUUAUUGCGUAAUGCCUAAUUAUAAUGAAUAUUAAGUAGGCUUAUUCACAUUAUACAUUUUUGUUGGGUUAAAAGAAACAAAUAUCCAUGAAGUCAUUCGAUAACCCAACUGAAAUAAUUUAAAAAAAAUUUCUUUAACCUUUGUAUAGGUGCUGAUCGCUUGAAGCGACCCCCAUGUGCUCAGUGUGAAAGUGACAGAUGUGCCGAUGUAAGCCACCAGCAUUGUGACUCUGUCACACUUGACGGUUCACCUGGUGACAACAGAGUUUUCUUCAGAGAGUUUGUUGUGUAUGACACGAGUCGAUGCUACCCAGAGUACAUCAUAACCUACAAAAGAAAACCAUAACAAUCUCUGCUGGUUUAAGAUUCACUUUAAAUUCAUGUUAUGACGUCUAUUUUAAAAAUGUCUAAAAAUGUACAAAAUUAUUUUGUUUUUAAAUAACAUGAUUCACCUAUUUCUAUUUCCUCUAGGGUGUUUGUCAUGCACCCUCUUCAAUCCUCUGUCAUUUGGCAUUCCUUCUAAGUGUCCAGCCUAGUCAAUGAAAUUUUUUUAAGGGUCCGAUACUGUGUACAAGGUUCUUAACGUUACAGAAAAGCAUUUAAUAUAAUAAAAUAAAUAUAUUUACUUCUGUCAGGGUGCGUCGAGUGAGUUCUGGUGCCAAAUGUGCCCAAACUUGUAUAUUAGGAUUAGCGCUAUUUUAUUUCGUUUUUUUAAUUAAUUGGCCAAAUUUGAAUGGGUUUUUCUUCCAUGUUUUAUGUCGUUUUUUAUAUUAUUAUUAUAUUCAAACUAAAAGUUGAAUCCUUUAGACCAGGCCUGCACAACAUACGGCCCGCCAGCAUCCACUUUGCCGGCCGCGAAGUAAAGAAAUAUUCUUUAUUAUUAUUAGUUUCUUAAUAUCUUUCUCCCCUGUCUUAUUUUCGUUCGGCUCACACUAGUUUUUCAUAAAGUAUUUCUAGCAAAAUUACAUCCAAAUUUAAAACCUCAUUUCCAUGAACUUUAUUUUCACAAAGUGAAAACGAAAAGUUUUCGUAUAUAUAUAACCUAACUUUGUUUUACACCUAUGAACUUUAAAGUAAAAAUAAAAUGGCUCUAUCUUUAAGAUUUAAUUUUCAUGUGUGUAAAAUUAUUUGGUUUGAUAUGUAUAUUUGAGGUAUGGGUAUAUCUAAGUAAAUGUACCCACAGCUUGUCUACGACCUUGAACUAAAUUUUCUUAAUAGGUAUAACAUAUAUUUAUUUUGUUUAAAAGAGAAUGUAUAACAUCAUUUUCCCUACUGAAAUACCAUUGGAUUUUAAAAUAUUGUCAUCUACGUAAAAAUGCACACACCCUAUUCCCUCCCCCUGAUAUGUGUUUACUAAAGAAGGUUAAUUAUUUAUCAAAUUUAUUUCUUCAUUCUGAGGCCUAUCUUGUGCUACCUGUGAGCAAAAUGAAAUUAUCAAAUCUAACCCACCCAAUUAGGGUUUUUAAUUUAAAAAAAGAAAAUCAGAGCGGUAGCCCACUUAUUGCGCAAAAAAAAUAUAUUUUUUCACGCCCUGAACUUAAUUAAAAUUCUUAAGUCCAAGAUCCCUUUACCAAGUCUUGUUUUUUUUUUUUCCCUAUAAAAAUAAUAAUUAUACGAAUAAUUCUGUAUACAGAAAGUUAUGGUUAAUUAUUUUGACAUAGAUAUCUAUACCAAAGUUCAAAUCUGUAACAUAAUUGGGCUUUGAGAUAUUGAUAUCAAAAUGAACCAAUUGCAACUUCAUAGUCAUAGGGUUCAUUGAUUUUUGGAUGAGCAGUAAAUUCACUAGUGAGAGGUAUUACUGGUAUUCUCAUUCAGCUACCAAGUUUCACGGAACUAAAUUGCUUAAACGCCAUUUUUUAAAUUAAAAUUUUGUUUUAAACGUUAUGAAGUUUUUAUUACUUUAUACAUUCUAUGAUAGCACCAUUUUCUUGGAAUGAAAAAUAAGUAAAACGGAUUAAAUGUUAAAAAUACGAAGCUAAAAUUUGGUGUCGGGUAUUAUUAACGGAAGAUGCAAUCUAUUAAAACAAAACUUUAUUAAAAAGGGAGCAACAAUAUCAGUUUUGCCACACGCGGUUAUUAACUCAAAGAAAUGUAAAACUUUGUGAUUUGAAAGUUUAAAUUAAGUUAUUAUAAAAUUAUUCUAAAAUUUCUUUCCUUGAAAUUAAUCGAAAAACUUUAAUUUUAUAUUGUUUGAAGGCAUUUGGAUAACCUAUAUUAUUUAAAAUUAAUUUCCCAAUCUUAACAACGCAAUUUAAACAAAACAACAGCUGUUUGUUUUUUUCCUGAUAAAUUUGAUUAUGAAUUAAUUGUAAUAAUAACUUCAUGAUAAUUUAUUGAUAAUAAAACCCCGCUUUUUCUCACUUCAGCGAUGUGCUUCUAACUUGUUGGUAACUUUGAAGUAGGCCUAUACCUAAAUUUUUAAUUUCUAAAACACUACUACUACUACUACUAUUACAUCGUUGGUGUUCCAUUUUCAUUUAAUUUUUUCAAAAACGUUUCCGUUUAAAAUUAUAAAUCUGAAAGUUCCAGCUCAAGUAAGUUUAAGCUAAAUGCUACACGUUAUUCAUUAAGAUGGCGUGUCUUAUUUAGCAGCUAAACUAAAGCUUGACUUAUCCUUUCAUUAUAAUUCAAAUAAAUCUUUACGUUAACUACAGGGUGGGCCAAUAAAAGUGAGAAAAUCUCGUAAAAUAUUACGCUACGAGAUGUGAUGUUCUCACUUUUAUUGGCCCACCAUGUACUUUUAAAUUUUUAACUAAAAGUUAGCAUCACUUCAUGAAAUUAUUUGCCUGUAAAUUAUUUGUCAAUACGUUUAUGUUUCCACGCUCGUUGUCGUUAAUAUCAUUAAAAUGAUGCAUUUUAUUUGAUAUACUAUUACAGAUUAAUAUAUGAAAUUGGUUUAUUUUAUUUUAUAACUACUGCUACCGAAUAUCAUGCUAAUUCGAGGAUUAUUUUAAAAUAUGUUUGACGAAAGUGUUCACCUGAAACCAAUUAUAACUGUUAUCUGUUAAAACUUUUGACUUUGUUUAAACCUCUUCACUCCACCCCCUACCCCGGGUGGCGCUACAGCCCACUUCUUCCUUCCAUUCAGACCUAACGGGUGCUUUUCUCUUCCAUGCCUAUAUUCUCAGCUGCUCUAGAUCGUUUUCCGCUUCAUCCAUCCAUCUAAGCCUAGACGUGCCUUUGAUUGACUUUGGGGGUGUUUCCCUCUGGGGUGUUUGUCACGCACCUUCUUCCCUCCUCUGUCACUUGGCAUUCCUCCUAAGUGUCCAGCCUAGUCAAUGAAUUUUUUAAAAGGGGUUCUUAACGUUGCAGAAAAGCAUUUAAUAUAAUAAAAAUAAAUAUUUUUACUUCUGUCAGGGUGCGUCGAGUGAGUUCUGGUGCCAAAUGUGCCCAAACUUGUAUAUUAGGAUUAGCGCUAUUUUAUUUCGUUAUUUUAAUUAAUUGGCAAAAUUUGAAUGGGUUUUUCUUCCAUGUUUUAUGUUGUUUUGUUUAUUAUUAUUAUAAUCAAACUAAAAGUUGAAUCCUUUAGACCAGGCCUGCACAACAUACGGCCCGCCAGCAUCCACUUUGCCGGCCUUGAAGUAAAGAAAUAUUCUUUAUUAUUAUUAUUUUCUUAAUAUCUUUCUCCCCUGUCUUAUUUUCGUUCGGCCCACACAAGUUUUUCAUAAAGUAUUACGGCCAAUAUUACAUUUUGAGUUGUGCAUGCCUGCUUUAGACUAGCGUUCCUAAAAUGGUGGUCCCAGAGCCGCCACAUCUCCGUGAGCCACACGUUGCCGGGAAGCACAACGUGAAUAUUUUGAUCAAGUAAAGAAUUUAUUAUAAAUACACCUGACAACGGUCUCUGGUUCAUUUAGGAAACUUGUCCAUUGGUUCGUUAAACUUAAACUUUGGAAACGCUGCUUUAGACCACGAGGCUUAGAGAGUCCAACCCCUGUCAGGCCCAAUACAAUGAACUAUCACUAUCUUUGGACAAUUUAUGUUGACUAUGUACCCAGAGCCUCAAAUGUCUUAUUAUGAACAUCCUUCAUCACAUAAAAAUUAGAAUGUAAACACAUGAUACUUUGUCAAAGUCGUAGUUGCAGUUGGUUUAUUAUAAGACCAAACAAAACCAUGCCUGGUGGGCAACAAAACCCACGGAACGAGAAAAUAAAAAAUGAAAAUAUUAAAGAGAUUCAUUGAGCUUAACUAACAAUAAACUGUUUCUUACAAUUAUAUGCAUAAAAUCACAAUGAUUGCUUUUAAAAAUCUUUGUAAAAUUAUUCUUAAAUGGCUGCUUUUCCCGGGUACUAAUUUCUUAAGGUUGUAUUUCUCAUGUUUUAAAAUUUCACAAUACAUUUUUAACUUAAUUUUUGUGCUCCUAAGAAAGCUAAUGUAUACUUUUUUGUUGUUUUGGUGUAUAGGAAUGUUCUUACAGCUGUCACAUAAGCCUACAAUGAGUUUAUUUCAUGUUACACCCCAUGUCAUCACAUUAGUAUAACUCCCAAACACCAAAAUUUGAUUGAGGAGUAUCCCCUUAGAUGGAAUACUGUUUUGUUUAUUCGAUCCAGGGUUGCCAACUCAAUAAAAAUAAAAUUUACUGACAGAUAAAGAACUUUCAACAAAAUUUACGGACAAAACAAUUUUUUACGGACACAUUUAACAAAAAAAUGUUGACCUUAACAAGAACAGCCUAGCUGUCCAGAAAGCUCUUACAGUUUAUUAAUAGAGCGCGGGAUGCCACUAAAACAAUUUAAACAUUAAAAUUUGAAUCAAGAAAAUAGAUAUCACAAACAUGAUUUACUGGGGGUUUUUUAACGUUGAGAGUCCACGUUUAGUCGAUUUUUUUUACGGACGUCUUAAUUUUUUAACGGAAUUUUACGGACAGGCAAUUUUACGACAAAUCUUUACGGACUGUCCGUAAAUUUACGGACGGUUGGCAACCCUGAUUCGAUCCAACCUCUAAAACAGGAAAAAAAAAAAAAAAAAAAAAUUAUAUUUAGCUGGGUCAGACGAAAAGCUAAAUAAACUGAUGAGAAUGAAGCAAAUGCUUUCUGAGUUCCAGUAUUUCAUAAUAUAAGAGCGUAGUUAUGAGUUAAAUUUUUACAGUCUCUUUCCUUUCGUUACACUUUGCUUUAACAUGUCACCCACGCCCACAUGUUUAUAGAAGAAAAUGUCCGCAUGUGGUGGACCGUCAAACCUUUCUAAUGCCACUGUUUUCUAGUAGUUUAUGCAUACUUUAUAUCUGUAAAUGUGCGUAGGCUUAUUAUGAAUUCUCAUUUUUUUAUCAGAGCGCAUAAGGUUAUAAAAAAACAACCUAUUACUUAUAUUAAAAUAUUUGUAUGUUUGCCUUAUUUCGUUCGAGGCAAAAGUCAUUACAUUUUUUAACUCUUCAACUGACUAAAAUUUUCACACUUACUUUGUGUUAUUUACCUAUAAUGAAGUAUUCCAUCUAAUAUGUUAAAAAAUAUGGAAAUUAAAUAAAUAAUGUUUAUUUUAAUGUAGUGAUGAAGGCAUUUUUCGAUACGUUUGAAUAAGCACAUUUAGUUGGUCAAGGGGGGGGGGGGCAGAUUCCCCGGGCACCGGCUAGUUAGGG